UCAACUCUCUUUCCCUAAUUUCAUCUUCUUUAACAAAUUCUAUCUGUAAUUCAUGAAUUUUUGCACACACCCACUUUAAUAUGGCGGUGAUCAAACACAGGAAACUCUUCCCAGCACCAUUUUCUUCCAAUCAAACUGACUGUCCAGACUGCCAAGAUUGCACAUAUGAUUGUUUCCCUUAUACAGAUUUCUAUAUUCCCCCACCACCACCACCAUCAUUUCCUGCCAUUGAUCAAAGUGGCCAAAACAACCAUAUUUCACCUUAUGUGAUUCUGUUCCUUUCUUUGCUAGCAGGUCUUUUUCUUCUCAUUGCCUACUAUGUCAUUAUAGUAAAGUCGUGUGCAGGUUUAUGCAGUCCUAAUAGAAACAAUGGAUCUCCACAGUCCGAAUUAUUGGAAUUAACUAGCGGAGAUGAGGAAUUUCUUGCAGAGAAUCAAGUUGAUCAUCCAAUAUGGUUGAUUACCACCGUUUGCUUGCAGCAAUCUAUCAUAAACUCAAUCACCGUUUGUAAGUAUAAAAAAGGUGAUGGCUUGAUUGAAGGUACAGAAUGCUCUGUUUGUUUAAAUGAGUUUCAUGAAGAUGAGAUGCUUAGAUUAUUGCCUAAAUGCAGUCAUGCUUUUCAUAUAAAUUGUAUUGAUACUUGGUUGAGAUCUCACACCAAUUGCCCUUGCCGUGCCUAUAUUACUUCCGAGACUCUAAGUAAUUCAAACUUUGUGAGGCUUGAUUUGGGUUCCAGGGAUCAAAAUGGAGAUGGUGCAGACACAAAUGGAGGUCCCUUAAUGGAUAUUUCUGAGGUUGAAAUUGAAUUAAAUGUGGAUAAUCAAGUGGGAUAUGAAAAUCGGGUUUGUGAAAACAGAGCCGGAACAGAGGAUGAAGGUGAAGAAUACCAAGUUGGUAAUGUAAUUACAACAAAGGAGGGUGUAACUUUCUAUGAAGUUCCAUUAAGAAGGUCUAUUUCGAUGGAUUCUUCAUCGGCUGAAACCAAGUUAUAUCUAGAUGUUGCUCGAAAUCGUCAGUCUUCAAUUGAGCAGUGUCUUCAUAUAAGUCCUGUUUUGAUGAAAAGGUCUUUUUCUUGCUGUGGAAGGUCGAGAUUGUUGUCUUUCAGGCACAAAUGGGGGAUAAAUUCAGUUGCUCCCCUCUGAAGUUUAUGGUCAUAUGCUCGUACUGUGGCAUAGAGAUAUGACUCUCAA